AUGGUGCCUAAUACUCACCUUCUGUUCCUGGUUCUACUCAACUCUAUGGUGAUUUCCUCUCUGGCAGAAAGCUUGCCAAGUUUUGUCAAAUCCCCAGAGGACCAGACAGGAGUUUCAGGCGGAGUGGCAUCGUUUGUGUGCCAGGCCACCGGGGAACCCAAACCCCGAAUUACCUGGAUGAAGAAUGGCAAGACAAUCAGCAAUCGACGCACAGAGAUGAUUGAGUUUGAUGAUGGUUCGGGCUCCGUACUGCGGAUCGAGCUACUGCGCACAGACAGAGACGGAGCCAUUUAUAAGUGCACAGCCACCAACAGUGCUGGCGAGAUCAACACCAGUGCCAAGCUUACAGUGCAUGAAGAGAACCAGAUCCCCCAUGGCUUCCCCAUCAUAGACAUGGGUCCCCAGCUGAAGGUGGUUGAACGGACCAGAACUGCCACCAUGCUGUGUGCUGCCAGUGGAAAUCCAGACCCAGAGAUCUCCUGGUUCAAGGACAUGCUUCCCGUGGACAUCAGCAGCAGCAACGGGCGCAUUAAACAGCUUCGCUCAGGAGCCCUACUAAUUGAGAACAGCGAGGAAUCAGACCAGGGGAAAUAUGAAUGUGUUGCCAUGAACAGUGCUGGGACCCGUUACUCCGCCCCUGCCAAUCUCUACGUACGAGCGCGAAGAGUCCCACCCAGAUUCUCCAUUCCACCCACCAACCAAGAGGUGAUACUAGGCGGCAGCGUCAACCUGACAUGUGUGGCGGUGGGCUCGCCCAUGCCUUACGUCAAGUGGAUGAAUGGCGGGGUGGACCUGACCAAGGAAGAAGAGAUGCCAAUUGGACGCAACGUGCUGGAGGUCACCAACAUCCAGGAGUCAGCCAACUACACCUGCGUGGCCAUAUCCCCUCUGGGCAUGAUCGAAGCCACAGCCCAGGUCACUGUCAAAGGCUUGCCAAGUUUUGUCAAAUCCCCAGAGGACCAGACAGGAUUCUCAGGCGGAGUUGCGUCGUUUGUGUGCCAGGCCGCCGGGGAGCCCAAACCCCGAAUUACCUGGAUGAAGAAUGGCGAGAAAGUCAGCUCUCAACACUUUGAGGUGAUUGAGUUUGAUGAUGGUUCGGGCUCUGUACUGCGGAUCGAGCCACUGCGCACAGACAGAGACGGAGCCAUUUAUGAGUGCACAGCCACCAACAGUGCUGGCGAGAUCAGCACCAGUGCCAAGCUUACAGUGCUUGAAGAGAACCAGAUCCCCCAUGGCUUCCCCGUCAUAGACAUGGGUCCCCAGCUGAAGGUGGUUGAACGGACCAGAACUGCCACCAUGCUGUGUGCUGCCAGUGGAAAUCCAGACCCAGAGAUCUCCUGGUUCAAGGACAUGCUUCCCGUGGACAUCAGCAGCAGCAACGGGCGCAUUAAACAGCUUCGCUCAGGAGCCCUACAAAUUGAGAACAGCGAGGAAUCAGACCAGGGGAAAUAUGAAUGUGUUGCCAUGAACAGUGCUGGGACCUGUUACUCCGCCCCUGCCAAUCUCUACGUACGAGUGCAAAGAGUUCCACCCAGAUUCUCCAUUCCACCCACUAACCAAGAGGUGAUACUAGGCGGCAGCGUCAGCCUGACAUGUGUGGCGGUGGGCUCGCCCAUGCCUCAUGUCAAGUGGAUGAAUGGCGGGGUGGACCUGACCAAGGAAGACGAGAUGCCAGUGGGACGCAACGUGCUGGAGGUCACCAACAUCCAGGAGUCAGCCAACUACACCUGCGUGGCCAUAUCCUCUCUGGGCAUGAUCGAAGCCACAGCCCAGGUCACUGUCAAAGGUGAGAGCUUAUGA